AUGCCCCGUCCCCAAGACCCUCACUUAUACGGCCAACCACCCCCCAAAAAACAAAAGAAAUCCUCCCCCACCGACCUCUCCGGCUCCCUCGCCUUCACCUCCCAACUCACCUCCCUCCUCGCAUCGUCCUCAUCCACCCCGUCCACCGGCCGCCCCCGCCCCUCCAAAUCCAAAACCGAAGACCUCUUCAAAUCAGUCAAAAUCAAACGCAAAGACCGCCCAAAAGACCAAGAUGAAAAACUCACCCUCAAAUCCCCCACCACCACCACCUCCUCCUCCUCCGCCGAACUCGAAGACUUAGCCCGCUCCCGUCAACGCCUAGAAUCCAAAUCCCGCCUCUACGCCGCCAUGCAAAGAGGCGACUACAUAGGCAAAGAAUACGGCCUCGUAGAUUUCGACCGUAAAUGGGCAGAAUCCAACCCCGGUCCCCCAGAAGACCUUUCCUCCUCCUCCUCUUCCGAACCAGAAGAAGAAGAAGAAGAAGCCACAAUCGAAUACACCGACACCUACGGCCGAACCCGCCUCCUAACCCCCUCCCAAAAAGCAGCCCUCGACCGCGCGGCCGCCUCGGAAAUCGACCUGGAGAAAAUGGCCGGCCGCCCUGUCGCUGUGCCCUCUGAUCUUAUCUUUGGGGAUACCAUCCAGGCUCGGGCGUUUGAGGAGACGAAUCAGAUGGAGGAGUUGGCGAGGAAGAGGGAUAGGAGCGCUACGCCGCCGCCGGAGACGCAUUAUGAUGCUAAUUGGGAGAUACGGACCAAGGGGGUGGGGUUCUACAAGUUUAGUCAGGAUGGGGAGACGAGGCAGAAGGAGAUGGAGGGGUUGGAGGAGGAAAGGAAACGGACGGAGAGGGAGAGGGAGGGGAGGGAAAGGGAGAAGCUGAGGAGGAGGGAGGAGAUGGAAAGGAGGAGGAGGGAGAUUGAGGGGAGGAGGAGGGAGAUGGGGGUGAAGAAGGCGGAGAGGGAGGCCAGCAGGUUUUUGGAGGAGUUGGGGGAUGUUCUUGGGGGAGGGGGUGGUGAUGAUGGGAGUAGUAGUGUGACGGAGAAGAAGAAGGAGGCGGAAAAGGAAGGGCAGGUUUAA